AUCACUUGAAAGAUUCAUUUCUUCAUUUGUAUUUCCCACAAAUUUAAUUAAUUAAUUAAUGGCCACCUCCUCCUUCAAAUCCACUUCCAGGAGAGGCGCAGCCACAGAACCCAAAGCCCCGCCGCCCUCCGCCGCUUCUCGGCGCCGUUCCCACAGCGUCACUCCUGUUUCUCGGAAGAACCACGCCCCCCUCGACCACAAUGCUUCGAUUUCCACUGAUUUUUGCAACAGCAGAGAUAACCCCCUUUUCUGGACUCGAUCUUCUUCGCCGCCAGAUAAAGACGAAAGCGGAAGGAUCUGUGAGAUUGCUGCCAGUAGUAAUAAAUUAUCAUCUAAAUUGGAUGCAAAAAGCCUAGUAAACGGCAAUGGUGGUGGUAAUUCUUCUGGUGAGCAGCGGGGGCGCUCUGUUACCCGCAGUCAUAGCCACAGCAACGGAAUCGGCCGCAGUUUGUCGAGGACUCGGGGGCGGUCCAUCUCUGCAGCUUCUCGUUACGGAGCUUACGAGAGUGAAAAAGAGCAGGGUUGUCUUACGUCUCCUAUUUCUCGAAGCAGCAAUGAGGCAAAGAGGACUAGUGAUACUAUAAGUAGAACUAAUUCAGUAAGAAAUAGGGUAAGUAACCCAGGGCAAGCUAAACAUGCUGGAGUGAGAACGGCCAGGAAUCAAGCAAAAGAGUGGUCUGAAGACGAAUCUGCUUGUAGUUUGCAGAUAUCAAAUUUGGAAGAUAGUAUCUCAGUUGGUUCCUUAUCAGAAGCUGAAGAGAAAACCAUUAGAACUGCAUUUGAAGAGCUGAAUGUUUUUCGAAGAAAUAAUGCGAAUCAGGCCGCAGCUACUAAUGUUCCUGAUAUGCCCUCAAAUCUAGUAAACCCUGAGGCUGUUGAGUUAAUUUCAGACAUCAGAAGGGAAUAUGCCAUAAAAUUGGAAGAGUCGGAAGAACGUGCCAGAGAACUUCGAGCAGAUCUUGCUAUUGAAGAGCAACGUGGGCAAGAGCUGGAUAGAAUACUUAAGGAGAUGCUUUCUGAUAGAAAGACUUCUGAUAUGCAGAGAUCUCGUAGAGGAAGAAAAACAAGCAAUGAAAGGAAACGGAUGUCAAACCGCCUUACUGAAGAAGCCAUGGCAUAUUUUGACGAAUGUGUGUCCUUGUCCACCUUUGAUAGUUCUGACUUCUCUGCUUCAGAAGAUCCAGCCUACAGUUUAGUUGGAGCUGCUGGACCUGUAGGAACAUCAUCUCUGGCAAAUGGAAAUCCAAGCACCUUAUGCUGCUAUGAUCAAGGGAAUCUUGUUGACCACAAACAGAUAUAUGGUGACCAGGUGCAGCUCAAACCUUGUGAGGAUUCUAAGCAAACCGGCAACAGCAGCAACACUGGUCCAGGGAGCAGUCAACUUUAUGAAUUCUCUUUUGCUGAUAGAAGGGUGGACGAUGUCAGACCUGAAGAAGAUAUUAGGAGUUAUAUCAAGAAUUUUGAGAGAGAAACUAAAAAAGACAUUGAUUCGGAGGCUUCCAUUUCAUACUACGAUGCUGAAGAAUACAGCAUAGGAGGUCAGCUUGAGGAGGUGCUAUUUGACAGGGUGCUAUACCACAGCAGAAUAGAGUCGGGUGGUUUACUUUUAUGUGGUGGCGCAAUCUCGUGUCUUCCCUUUGCUUCAACUAUGUGACAAGUGUGUUUUCUUCUGGUCUGCUCUCUAUAGCUGCAAUAAGCAUGAUGCUGUGGUCUCUGCGAAAGUGCAGCUGUGCAAUUUUUUGUCUUGUAUAGUCUUAUAAGCAGUGUGUAUAUGUAUGUGAUGCAGUAGAGGUUGUAUAUCUUUCUCAGUGAAUGAGGGAGCUCAUCUCAGAUUGAGUGAUGCUUGAAGGAUUUAUAACUACGAGUAGUACCUUUUCGUUUGAUGUGUGCUACCGCCAAAAAUAUUGUUGUUAUGUUCAAUGUUGAAAUAUAUAAGAUUUCUUUUACCUUCUA